AUGACCAUCGAGGAGCAACCCGAGCACUUCAACAAUACUCGCAAGGCCGACUUCAAGUCAAUCUACAACCAACCGGACCCGCGUGCCUACUUCGCCGCUCUGACGCCGUUGGAAUACCAGGUUCCGCAGCAUGCCCUCCCCUUUGUGAACCGGAUCUUAGAGCUUUCGUCUUCCACCAACGAACCUUCCACAAACGGCGGUAUCAAAAGCACUGAGAAGGUCCUCGACGUAUGCUGCUCUUAUGGCAUCAAUGCGGCCCUCCUGCGGCACGACCUCGAUCUAGGCUCCAUGGCAACUCACUAUGCCUCUACCCCCAAACUCUCCUCCCGCGAGCAGAUAGCUGCGGAUAAGCGAUUCUUCGCAUCUCGUCCGCAUCGCCCUGGACUAGAGGUCUUGGGGCUAGACGUGGCGCCCGAGCCGAUUUCUUAUGCCAUCGAAACAGGACUCCUGACCUCCGGUUUCGCGGAGAAUCUAGAGAGCGCAGAUCCCUCCCCGGCGUUACGCUCCGCGCUCCGCGAUGUAAAGCUGGUAGUCUGCACCGGCGGGGUGGGUUACGUUUCCGCCUCCACCUUCUCACGGAUCGCGGCGUGCGUCGAGGACCCAGGGAGCCUAUGGAUGGUGACGUUCGUGCUACGCGUGUUCUCGUUUGAGGAUGUUGCAGAGAAGCUGAGGGAAGAACACGGGCUCGUGACGGAGAAGGUCGAGGGGAUGACGUUUCGGCAGCGGCGAUUCACGUCGAGCGAGGAGCAGAGGGCUGCGGUCGAGGAUAUAAGGAGGAAAGGGCUAGAUGAACGCGGGUUGGAGGGGGACGGGUGGUUCCGGGCCGAGUGCUGGGUGACGCGACCGAGCGGAACGGAAAUGGCGAUGAAAGAUCUGCUAGAUGGGUGCUUCGACAAUGGAAAGGACAUCGAAAGGUGA